AAAAAACUCAUAGAAGUAGCUAAGAAAUAUAGGCAGUGUAUAAAUUAUUACAGUGACUUUGUUAUACUAGGAUUGAAUCAUGCAUACGAAGACUGUGAUUGCUACGGAAUUUGUAUUGAUCAAUUAGCUUUCAAUAAUACAUCUAUAGUAAUCGAAUGGCAUGUGAAAAAGAACUUCUUUAUAGAAGAAUAUACUAACUACCACUUAUUUUUAACCCCCAGUAUUACUAAUAAUAUAACCCAAAAUAAUAGUUGCCAAGGACUAUUACUUUCAUUUUUAAAUAUAUUUCAAAGAAAGCAUGUGUCACAAGAUAUGCUUUAUUAUGGGGUAUGCAUAUACACAGAAAGAAAAACAUCUAAAAGUUAUAUAAUUCCUAUUUUAUGCCCUAAAAUGAAAAUUCGUUUGCAUGGAUUGCUCAAUAAAAAUAAUGAAAUGCAUCAUAUGCUUAGUUCUAAAUUGAAAAAAACUAUUGUGCGAUUAAAGAAAUAUAUAAAUGAAAAUGUUCAAGAUAUUCAUAAUGUCUCUAGAAUACAGAUAACUGUGAAAAGUGUUAAUUACACAAAGUCUAAGCUGGGACUGCACUAUAAUAUUUUAAAUACUUUCUUCUAA